CGGGGCCGGGCGGCGGCGGCGCGAGCGCACCGCCAGGCACUCGGUUGCGAGCGGCCGAGUCGCGGAGGCGCCGCCGCAGCAGUCCCUGCGUCUGCGAGAAACAUGGCUGACAGCAAGGCCAAGCCCACCAAGGCUGCCAACAAGACACCCCCCAAAUCCCCAGCGGACUCUGCCAAGGACAAAGCAGCUAAGAGGCUGUCACUGGAGUCAGAAGGUGCCAACGAGGGGGCGGCCGCCUCGGCCCAGGAGCUCAGUGCCCUGGAGGAGGCCUUCCGGCGGUUCGCGGUGCAUGGGGACACCAGAGCCACCGGGAAGGAGAUGCAUGGCAAGAACUGGUCGAAACUGUGCAAGGACUGCCAGGUGAUCGACGGGAAGAACGUGACUGUCACCGACGUGGACAUCGUAUUCAGCAAAAUCAAGGGCAAGUCCUGUCGGACCAUCACGUUCGAGCAGUUCAAGGAGGCGCUGGAGGAGCUCUCCAAGAAGAGAUUCAAGGACAAGAGCAGCGAGGAGGCCGUGCGAGAGGUGCACAGGCUCAUCGAGGGCAAGGCCCCCAUCAUCUCAGGAGUGACGAAAGCCAUCUCCUCGCCCACCGUGUCACGGCUCACGGACACCACCAAGUUCACAGGCUCCCACAAGGAGCGCUUCGACCCAUCAGGCAGGGGCAAGGGCAAGGCCGGCCGCGUGGACCUGGUGGACGAGUCGGGCUACGUGCCAGGCUACAAGCACGCGGGCACCUACGACCAGAAGGUGCAGGGGGGCAAGUAGCCAGUUUCCCGGGGACAGGGCCUUCUUCCUUUGCUGGCCCCACAUCACCUCACACUUCUUUACAUUCCUGGGCUCACUGGGGCAGAACUCAGACGCUGGGGUGGAGGGGCUGUGGGUGACUCCCAGACCUCCUCCUGCCUGGAGCCCCGGCACGCUCCUCUCCUACCCCAGGUGCAGCCCCUGAACUCACUGACCUUCCUCUAAUGCACCUGCCUCAUCCCACGUCGGGAAGCUAAGGGGUGGUCAUUUCCAAAGUGUUUCCUGGAUCCAGACCACAUGGGCCACCUGGUUUGCAGGUGAAAGGGGUGUUUUGAAGGAGCAGGUGGGACAGACCCUGCCAGAGGUGAUGCUGACCUCCUGACCAGCAGACCUGCCCAGGAACCAUGAGGGCAACAUGCACUAAUGCACUAACCAGCAGCACCAGGGAGAUGACGUGAACCUCGAACAGGACACAGGGACAUCUCUGAGGGCUCCGUUCAGAUGUGCGACACACAGGUGCAUGCUUACACACACACACACUCACGCACUCAUGGACACAUGCUUACACAUGCUCAUGCCCCCCCCCCCACAUCCACUCACACACACAUGCUUACACACACACGCCCACCAACCAGGUCUGUGCCGAGGACGGUCAUAUGAGCGAAGGCUGGUGUGCAAAGGAAGGUGAGCCCGUGAAAGGAUGCUCCACAGGAGACCAAAGGAAAGUGAUCUGAAGUGUGAAGUUAGAAGUUUUUAAAUUGGACACUAAGGACAGGUCAUUUCCUUUUGCUUUUUAAAGAAAAGAAGAAAUCAGAAGAAACAGUGACUGUGUAUUUAUUCCCAGAGCGGAUCAGGGAAGAAUCAGAAUAUCCCGUGUCUGUGACUCUCUCUCCCUGUUGGCCCUGUUGGCCCUGAGGCUCCCCCACAGACAGGUGUGUGAUGGGGCAUCUUCUGCCCAUCCCUGUUCUGAAAUCAGGGCCUCGAGGCAGCAGUCGCCGUGGCUACUCCCUUUGCUCACAGUGCAGCACAAAUCUCUGUGGCUCCAGCCUCUGCAGUUAAUUCUUGCCUCUCUGAACUCCCCCGACCUGGGAGUACAGGAAACUGCACAACAAGACCAGGCCAGGGAGGGCCUCCCCGAAAGGCCCACACAUAUGCUGGGGUUGGCGAGCGCUUUCACAGUGGCCACAAGGCAACACUCCAUUUGCAUAAAUGCAGCCACAGCCUGGUGCGUCACCUUCUGGCUAUGUGGUCCUGGAGCCGGUCCUGGGAAAAGCCCACGGCAGUCUCAGAAGAUGCUUCCACAGCCAGUGUCUGCUCUGCACUUCUUCCUGGUCACGGCCUGGCCCAGCACGGGCAGCUGAAGCAUGGACCAGCACCGCCACAGCACACGGGCUGGUCACCGCUGGGGCUGGGAAAGGCCCAGGGCCAGCAUCUCCAGCUGUGUCUCCACCAGACCCCUCGCACACCGGCCUCCCCUCACCAUCCCCCAUCCGCCUCUGUGGACAGCUUCAUUCGGAGGUCCUGGGAGCUCACAGCGUGUGGCAUUGGAGCCCAGGGGAUGGAGCACAGGCUCCGAGGGCCACUUCUAGGGCUAAUCUCACCAUUGUCUUGAAAGUUUCUAACUUGGGGAUCCUAGGCUGCCAGCAAGGCUACUCUGCAGUGAGGAAACUGAGGACCGGGGCUGGACAAAGGCAGGCAAGAUGCCAGUCCCCACCCUGUGCCUCCCUCCUCCCCCAGGCUGGGCCUUUAGGGGAAACCCAAAGGCAAGAGUAACCUGUGGAAAAGUGUCUGAAGGCAACUGAACGUGCAGUGUUUCUUGACAAUAAGCUGAUCACAAACCACAGCCCUCGUGUUCCAGCGCUGGCGAGGUUUUCUUCCGUGGCCACAUUUCCCCCCAUGCGUGGCGGCACUGCCAUGGGGGCAUGCCGUGGGCUCCUGGUCAGGCUGCUUUUCUCCUGCCCCUGGGCAGCCCCGUUCCCCUCGUCACAGACACUGGAAUCGGCAGGGCCUCGGCCACAUGCACGCUGGCAAAGGCUGCCCACGCCACAGCCCACCGAGGCAGAUGUCACCUGGGCCUGCCAUGGGUGCAGGCCCUUCUCAGCCCUUCCUUGCCUGCUGGACCCGGGAGAGAGGUGCCAGCACCAGGACAGGUGUCCUGUCCCAGAGCGCUGUCUUCAGGCGAGAACAGCUCCACACAAAGGUUCCAGCCUCGGACGAGGGCCAGCUGCCGGAGCACCCUGGGAAAUGGGGUCUGAGCAAAAGAAACAACGUGAGUCUGUCCUCCGACCCCGUGGCAGCCCGUGCUUUCUCCCACGGUGCCGCCUCAGAACUGGACCCCCCACGGCCCCCUGCGGCAGCCCUGGCCGAGGAGCACCAACCCACCCCCUCAGGCUGGUGGAGGUGAGCUACUUGAUAGGAAACCCUUGGCCCACUUGAGGAAAAUGUCAGAAUGCUCUGCUCACCCUGAUAGCAGCAGGUUCUUUUGGGGUUUUCUGAAUGAAAUCAAGAGCACACAGCUGCUCCCUGUCAGUGGCCCUCCCCAUCCCCGCCCACCCAAGCUCAGGGGAGAGCCCCACACCCUGGGCCCGACUCCCCACACGCCCGGGCCGGGAGUCUGUCCACAGCUCCGCAGUCCCGCUGGCCACACAGGCGCUGCGGUUGCCCUGCGUCCCCUGCCCGUCCCCAGGCUGCGUCAGGCUCACACACAAGCCAGGACACAUUGUUCUCCAGUCAAAGUAGAGCUUUGAAAACCCACCCACCCCUCUCUGUCAGAGAAGGAGGAAGAAGGGCUAAGUCAUGCGGACUCAGUAUUCACCGUUCUGCUCCUUUAAUCGCCUGGUGAGUGCAUCAUUGCGUCUGUGUGUAGCUUCUCAACUCCAACUUCACUGCACAAAACCGACACACAUGCAUGUCCCUCCACCGGGUUCUGAGUAUUGUGAAUACGUAGGCAGUGUGUGUCUGUGCUGCAUGUUCUUAUGCAAUGCCAGUCAGCUUCUAACCAUGGUCACUUAGAAAUUAAAUAUCUAUCUGUGAACAAAAGAAACUGCACAGCAGGCACCCAGGAGACAGGCCGCGUUCCGAGGGGAGGAUACCCCAGGAGACAGGCCGCGUUCCGAGGGGAGGACACCCGGGAGACGGGAUGCGUUCCGAGGGGAGGACACCCGGGAGACGGGAUGCGUUCCGAGGGGAGGACACCCGGGAGACGGGAUGCGUUCCGAGGGGAGGACACCCGGGAGACGGGAUGCGUUCCGAGGGGAGGACACCCGGGAGACGGGAUGCGUUCCGAGGGGAGGACACCCGGGAGACGGGAUGCGUUCCGAGGGGAGGACACCCGGGAGACGGGAUGCGUUCCGAGGGGAGGACACCCGGGAGACGGGAUGCGUUCCGAGGGGAGGACACCCGGGAGACGGGAUGCGUUCCGAGGGGAGGACACCCGGGAGACGGGAUGCGUUCCGAGGCGAGGACACCGGGAGACGGGAUGCGUUCCGAGGGGAGGACACCGGGAGACGGGAUGCGUUCCCAGGGGAGGACACCGGGAGACGGGAUGCGUUCCGAGGGGAGGACACCGGGAGACGGGAUGCGUUCCGAGGGGAGGACACCGGGAGACGGGAUGCGUUCCCAGGGGAGGACACCCGGGAGACGGGAUGCGUUCCGAGGGGAGGACACCGGGAGACGGGAUGCGUUCCCAGGGGAGGACACCCGGGAGACGGGAUGCGUUCCGAGGGGAGGACACCCGGGAGACGGGAUGCGUUCCGAGGGGAGGCCAGUGCAACAGUGUCUGAACAUCAGCAGAGAACAGAAGGAGUGCAUUUGAGAACACUGAUUAUACCGGAAUACUUAUUUAUUUCUAUUUAACACAACUGGGCAGUAGUCAGGAAUAGAGUUAGCUUUACCAAAACUGAAGUUCAAAUUACAUAAUUUUAAAAUAUUAUAGUAAGAUAUAUAUUUAUACUGGAGUAUUUUUACACCUUUAAUAUUCUCGGGCUUGAGUUUUGAGACAGGUGAAAAUUACAGCAGAUGCUGACCCGUCGGGGAAAGGUCCAUGGAGGCCUUCCACUGGCAUGGCUCGCUGCCUGUCUGUGCUCCUCGCCGCUGUGUCCCAGUGGCUGAGAGCUCCGGGCAGGCCAGUGGCCGUCUGACCGUCUGAGUGGACAGAGACCGUGGCAGCAGGCAGAGGCUCACCAACCCCCGGGGCCAGUACAAUCGCCUAUUUCUGUGAAUAGUUUUAAUGGGACAGGCCACACCCGUGUGCUUAUAUUAUAUACUGUCUGUGGCUGCUUUUGCAGCGACAUUGGCACUUGGGGAGUUGACACAGAUGCCAUGACCCAUGAAACCUAAAAUAUUCACCAUCUGGCCCUUGACAGGUGAGCCCUUGAGGACCCACUUGUGUUCAUUCCCUCCUGGGUAUUUAUACACAAGCUGGCUACUCCCUGUCCUGCAGCACACACCGUAUGGGGGCACCCUGUUGUCACCUGUUCAAUACAGUACAGGUUGACAAUUUAGCUGUACUGUGAAAUGAUUACCCUGAGUAGUUUCCUUCCACUGAUUUACCACUGAACACUCUAUGAAAUCUGGUGGUCCAGGGGCCUGGCCUUUGUCUGUGAGCACGUGGAGAGCGUGGCCGGGUGGUGGCGUGCCAGGCAGUGGUCACUGUGUUUGGAGAUGCUUUAGUUAACGCUCUCUCUUCCUUUAGACUUUUGAAAAACCAAACCAAGCCAAACAAAGGAAACCUGCACAACUUAAAAUAAACUUGAAAGUGAUCAUAUACUACUAGUUUGUACUAAGUUUUUUCAGGAAAGGGAAAUAAAAUUUAUAUAUACAUGCAAUAUAUUUUUACACCAUCUUAUUGUUAGGGAGUACUGAGUGUAUCACUUUAUCAGAGUGAUGGGUACAGUCACGUCAAUGUCCUGGGUGUUCUGCCUCAGAAAGUCUAAAUGGCAUUCAGCAGGAACAUCCGUGGGGUUGGGAGGGCCCUGCUCCCCCUCCCUCGGAGUGCGAGGCUUGGGGUCACCUCUGGGGAUGCUGUCAAGGCCUGGCCUGCAAACCUUUAGUGAAACAGCUAAUGUCUGUCUGCACAAUGCUCCUCAUGUGUUCGCUGUUGUUAACAUUGUUGUCAAAAGUGAUAAAUAAAGUGUUAAAUGGUG